ACCUUUCCCAGAAGACCUUGCUCGCUGCAGGCUGAUAAUUGGAAAAGAAAAGGGCGAAGAACCACGCACGCCGUACACCGAAACGCGGGGGAUCGGGACGGGUUGUUUGUGCUUGCUACGGAGGGAGGAAAAAGGGAAGAGGAAACCCGAAGGCCUGUCAAGGGAAAUAUCUGACGGGGGGAAGAGAGAGAGCAAACCAGGGCGCGGAGAGGGUCCGACGCCUGCUUUGGCCGCAAACUUUGCUAUGGAUGUAAACUGAAGGUUUGACCGAAACGUGCAACAGGCCAUCAUCUUUGGAGGCUUUAAAACAGAGAAAGGUUGCCAGCUCUGUCUUAAGAGGCCGACUCUGCUGUUGGACAGAUCGAAGGCAAGGCGAAGGGGAAGAAGCAGUGUUGAACAAGUAUCCAUGUUUUCCCUGCAGAGUGCCCGUGCCCGCCAGUGGCCAAGCUGAGGUUCCCCCACCCAGCAAUGGACCCGGACCCAUACGCAAGCAUGCAGGUCGGCAUGCGAGUGGUCCGCGGGGCCGACUGGAGGUGGGGAAACCAGGACAAUGGCGAGGGCAACGUUGGGACGGUGGUGGAGAUCGGCCGGCAGGGCAGCCCAGCGACACCGGAUAAAACCGUGGUGGUCCAGUGGGAUCACGGGACUCGCACCAAUUACCGGACUGGCUUCCAGGGAGCAUAUGAUCUUCUGCUAUAUGAUAAUGCACAAAUAGGUGUCCGUCACCCUAACAUCAUCUGCAAUGCUUGCAAGAAGCAUGGCAUUCGUGGAAUGCGGUGGAAGUGCAAAAUCUGUUUCGAUUACGACUUGUGCCUGCACUGCUACAUGAGCAACAAGCAUGAUCUUUCUCACGUGUUUGAGUGCUACGAAACCGCCCACUCGCAGCCAGUCACCGUAAGCCCACGGCAGAACUUACAACGCAUCACUUUAAAGGGGAUUUUUCAGGAUGCAAAAGUAGUCCGGGGGCCCGACUGGGAAUGGGGAAACCAAGAUGGUGGUGACGGCAAAAUUGGGCGCGUGGUUGAUAUCCGUGGCUGGGAUGUGGAGACGGGGCGGAGCGUGGCCAGUGUCACCUGGGCCGAUGGUACCACAAACGUCUACAGAGUCGGUCACAAAGGGAAAGUGGACCUAAAAUGUAUCACGGAAGCUUCUGGCGGGUUUUAUUACAAGGAGCAUCUUCCUAAAUUAGGCAAGCCGGCUGAGUUGCAGAAAAAGGAGAGCACGGAGGGGCACCCGUUCCAACACGGGGACAAGGUGAAAUGCCUCCUCGACAUCGACAUCUUGCGAGAGAUGCAGGAAGGCCACGGAGGCUGGAAUCCCAAAAUGGCCCAGUUCAUUGGCCAGACAGGAACAGUGCAUAGGAUCACGGACCGAGGAGAUGUGAGAGUCCAGUUCAACAAUGAUACUCGUUGGACGUUUCAUCCUGGAGCUCUAACCAAGCUGAACACGUUCUGGGUUGACGAUGUCGUGCGGGUGAUCGAUGACAUGGAAACGGUGAAGCAGCUGCAAGCUGGUCAUGGGGAAUGGACGGACGAGAUGACGGCGAUCCUAGGCCACAUUGGUAAGGUGAUCAAAAUCUUUGGGAACGGAGAUUUGCGAGUGUCCUUCACCGGCCAGUCCUGGACCUUCAACCCAGCAUGCCUCACAGCCUACCAGAGAGAGGAAGAUGUCAACCUUAUGACCACACAGGACACCAGGGAGUCAAAAAGUUCCUUGGUUUCUGUGGUGGGACGGUUACUUUCCCAAAAAAUUGAGGCCGACAGUCCAGGCUGCCUGGUGGUUGAGGCAGCCCAUGGAAACACCAGCAAGGUUCGGGACUUGAUUCAGAAAUACCCCGACAAGGUGGAUGUGCAGAACCAGGGCAGGACUGCUUUGCAGGUGGCUUCUUACGUGGGGCAGGUGGAAGUGGUGAAGCUUUUGCUGCAAGCUCAUACAAAUAUUAACCUGCGGGAUGAAGAAGGUGACACAGCCCUUCAUUAUGCAGCAUUUGGGAAUCAAGCAGACGUCACCCGGGUGCUUGUCAGCAAAGGGGCCAACGCGGAUCUUUUGAACAACGCCAGGUGCACGGCCCUGUACAUCGCCGUCAACCAUGGCUUCACGGAGGUCGUAAAAGCCUUGUGCGAGCACAACUGUGACGUGAAUUUGCCAGGCUCCUCCGGUGACACCCCCCUUCAUUACGCCAUCACUGCUGACUUUAAAUGCAUCAUCGAAGCACUCACCGAGGUGCCUGGCAUUGAUUUUACUGUUCAGAACCAACAAGGAUUCAACCUGUUGCACCACGCAGCCCUGAAGGGAAGCAAGCUAGCGAUCAAGAAGAUCCUCGCAAGGGCUCGGCAGUUGGUGGAUGCCAAAAAGGACGAUGGAUUCACUGCUCUACAUCUCGCUGCCCUCAACAAUCACAAGGAGGUAGCAGAAAUUUUAAUCAAAGAGGGCCGCUGCGACGUCAACCUCAAGAACAACCGCAACCAAACGCCCCUGCACUUAGCUGUCACCCAGGGUCACGUGGAGAUGGUCCAGCUGCUGGUGAGCGAAGGCGCCGAUGUGAAUUCGGAAGACGAGGAUGGCGACACGGCCAUGCAUAUCAUUUUGGAGAGGGAACACCUGGUGUCUGUCAUGGUCGAGGACCAGCCAGAUCAGGAAAACAGCCUCUUCUCAAAGCUUCAAGCCUCCGGUUUCCUUGGCAAUGCCAAACUGAAUGUGGGAGCUGCCCUGGCGUGCUACCUGGCCCAGGAAGGGGCCGAUGUCAACUAUGCCAACCACCGGGGCAAGUCUCCGCUUGACCUCGUCUUGGAUGGAAGCAUUGCCCAUCUAAUCCAGAACUUCUCCCAAAAAUACAGAGAACAGCAGGAUUCUGUAGAGAGCUCUACCAUGACAAGCAGCCUGAGACGAGUCCACACAACCCCCAACACCAUGACAAACCUCAGCGUGGCAAAAGUGGCUGCCCCUUCAGAGUGCUUGGUCUGCUCGGAAUUGGCGCUCCUGGUCCUCUUCUUCCCUUGUCAACACAGCAUUGUGUGUGAAGAAUGUUCCAGAAGAAUGAAGAAAUGCAUCAAAUGCCAAGUAACAAUUACCAAGAAGUUAAAGCAAGACAACUCCGAAGUCGACGGUGGCUCCGGCCCCGAGGCCACCAACCAGCAGAAGCUCAUGGAGGAUUUGCAAAGCCGCUUCCGGCAGAUGGAAGAGCGGAUCACGUGCCCCAUCUGCAUCGACAAGCAGAUCAAACUGAUCUUCCAGUGCGGGCACGGGUCGUGCCAGGAGUGCGGGGUGGCCCUGAACGUGUGCGCCAUCUGCCGACAGACCAUCCGCGAGAGGAUCCAGAUCUUCGUCUGAGGACCGGCUCCGGCUUCGCCCCUGCACCACCCGCCUCAAUCUUGUCUCGGCUGGGAGCAUUUGGAGCGGGCCGGAGAGGAGAUCCCAACUACGAAGACCUGGGCUGGGUGGGAUGGAACGCUAGCUUUCCUUCACAGCCUUCUCCGGCUUCAAAAAGAGGAGAAAUCUUCCCAAAAGAGCAUGCUUCCUUCCGUCCUGUGGAAAAGCAGUACUUCUGCACUUUAAAGGCGGGGUGUGAAUCUGGCUUUGCCCUUCCAGCACGAGGGCCCAGCCAAAGGCGGAGUGGGUGCGCAACCAACCCAGCGGUUGGGCAGGCAAGGGAAACUGGGUUGCCCAGGGCCCGCAACGCCCUGACAGUGAGCGGGGCAUGCGUGCACAGGUGUGUGUGUGUGUGUGUGUGUGUGUGUGUGUGUGAGUGAGAGAGAAUGCGUGUGUCCUUCAACACGAAGUCGUGAAUGUUUGCUGGCAAAAAAUACAACACGUCUGCACAAGCCUUUUUCUAUGGGGUGGU